AGUUUAGCAAUUAGCAGGGUCUUCUGCCAUUUUUGGCAGUCUUCAGACAAAAUGACAGCGCAAGAACAAAUGAAAAAGAUGUUGGAUGAGCUAAUGGGAACCCAGAGGGAUGGUGAGUGCAAAAAAUGCGAUGUGAAAGUGAAACGAGCUCGAUACGUCUUGACUGAAUUUGAAGAUUUAGCACGCUUGUGAGUUUGUUAGAGCUUUUUCUUAUUGGGUUAUUUUUGUAUACUGACUAAAUAGACAACUCAGUUGUGAUGUCGACGCUAGCUCAAUCAAGUGGAGUGAGUUUUUGUCUUUGUCAUGUUUUUAUCUUUUCGAAUUCUUUUUUCCUCGUGCCCAGCUGUACUGUAGAGAGUGUUCUUCUAGUUUAAAAUAGUAUUCAACACCUGUUUUGUUGACCUGUUUGGAAUGGGGGCUUCAAUUUCGUUUGAAAGGAUCUCUUUUACACACCGUAUUACCUAUUAUCUUUUGUACAAAAAUGAGUUACUGGUUGAAUAUUUGUGGCCUUGCAACGGGAAGGAAAACUGCAAGUUUAUUUCUGAAAGCUUUCCAUGAAAAUUAACCGACUUUCAUACUCUGAUAGGCUUUGUCACAGCAGGUCUGUGUUGUGGUUUUGCUAUUGGCUUAAGACUGACAUAGAAAUUAAAAUUAUACUCGUGAUGUAGCAGGAAAAACAACUACAUGCAUGUUUUGAAGUAAAUUUAUUGCAGACAGCAUUUGAUGGGGCAAGUGCAAAUUGCAUUUUGUUUGCUGUAGCAAAGUCAAUCAGAGGUGCAAAAUAUAUACUCUUCACAUAAAACUGUAACCUGUAUAUACCCUAUUCUUUGCACCAGCUUUGAAAAAAGCAUUUUCUUCUAGCAGUCAAUAUUAUAUUUACCAGCUGUCUUGUGUAGCUUGAUAUCUUGUGCGCACUCUGCAUGUACAGUAUGUUUUAUAAAUUUCUUGUAUACCUGUGUUAUGGGAGUUCCCCAUUAAUACCAGAUAUUGAAUGCUUUCUCAAACAAGGCUCACUGAUAGCUAUGUACAUGUAUUGUGAGCAAGUCAUUGGAUGCGUAAGUAGGGCGACGUAAGUAGGGACAGAAAAUUUCAAUUUUGUUUUCUUAUGGUGGUUGGGAGGUAUUGGUUACUCAGUAAUUCUUGACUAGAAUCAACCUUGAAUGGUUCAUUUUUGGAUAUGUAAUGUAGCAUAAUAUUGACAACAAUCAAGAGAGACCUACAUACAUACAUACCUCUGGAGGUUUUAAGUCUUAGACUGGGUAUAAAAGUAUAGAUGAAUCUACAUUUUACCCAUAUGAAAUAUUUCUCAGGGGCCAAUUUGUUUUUUCUCAAGAUCUCUAUCUGAAAUGUUUUGGAAUAAAAAUUCAUUUUAUUAUGUCUUAAGACUGGGGGUUUUAAUCCACACUCCUUAUCCAAUCAACAUGAAUUCCAAAAAAUAAAAAGGAAGUUGCAUUUCACAGAAGCCAGAACCAAUUUUCCAUUUUGUUGACUUAUUGUGUUUAAAGUAAGGGUUUUGUUCUGUGUGUUGUAUUAUCCUUGAGUAACCUAUAUCACAUAAAUCCUCUGUUUAACCCACUUACGUAUAAGUAAAGGUUUGCCCUUUUUAAUUAUGUUUUGGUUACCUUCUUUUCAUCCUACCUCAUGUAUAUGUAUAAGCUUGAGAGGGAACAUCCAGGUUUCCUUAGAAAAUUUACCAUUCAUAUUUAUUUUGAACAAAUCAAACACCAAAAAAAAAAAAAAUACAAGAUUCUCCGGCUAUUCCUUGUCAGCAAUCUCAUUAACUUGGUAUAGCCACUGCAUGCUGGAAAGAAGAUGCAGAUAUUGAAGUGAUUCUUGAAGUUAUAUUGUACAACUGGCUAUACAAUUCUUACUGAAGGUGUUAUCUAAAGUUUAUGUAUAGUAUGUACAGUGUACAUGUUAAGGAAACUCUUUGGGUUUAAUGGAGGAUUUACAUUGUAAAGCAUUUCCGCAUUAUAAUUUUGUCAUUAAACAUUUUCAAAGCGAGAAAUUAAAAUACUGUAUUUAAACUGUUGGAUGGUAUUAAUGCUUUAUUUCUGUGUUGUCUUUAUAUCCUUCUAGGUGCCAGACCUGAAGAUGUAAUCAAGUUUACUGAUGACCGAGUUUGUAAGAGCUUCCUUAUGGGUCUUUGCCCUCAUGAACUCUUCAAUAAUACAAACAGUGGAUCUUCAAAACUAAAAUGGACCUUGGUCCAUGUAACAAGAUUCACGAUCCUGCCCUGAAAGCAGACUUUGAGAUUGCGUCAGAGAAAAGAGACUAUGGUUAUGACAUAGAUCAAAUGGAACAUCUUCAGUCUUUCAUCAAGGACUGUGAUAGAAAAAUUCAAAUAGCAAAGAAAAGGCUUGAGGAGACACAGGAUGACCAUGACCUUGUUCCCGAGGCCCAAGCAGUUCAUGACCUGGCUGAACAGAUUGGUAAAAAGCUUGCUGAAGCAGAAAGUAUGGGAGCUGAGGGCAAAGUUGAUGAGUCAAUGGAACUCAUGAAAGAGGUGGAAGACUUGAAACAAAAGAAAAGAAUGGCAGAGGACAUAUAUCGAGAGACCCUUCCAUCAUCUUCACUUCAGCAGCAAAAGUUGAGAGUCUGUGAAGUGUGUGCUGCAUACCUCAGCUUGUAUGACAAUGACCGCAGAUUGGCUGAUCAUUUUGGAGGAAAACUUCACAUGGGCUUCAUCAAAAUUCGUGACAGGUUGAAAGAACUACAGGACGGAGUGGCUAAAAAACGCUCUGAAAGAGAAAUGGAGCGCAAUCGACGACGUGAAGAGCGGGAACGGGAAAGAGAACAGGAGAGACGAGAACGAGAGAAAAGAAUGAGAGAAAGGGAACGAGAAAGAGAAAAAGAAAGGAGCCGGCGCCGCCGAAGUCGAAGUGGGAGCCGCAGCAGAGAGAGAAGAAGGAGAAGAAGGAGCCGUUCACAUUCACGGUCUCGAUCGAGAUCGCGGUCAGGAUCCAGAUCUCGCACGAAACACAAGUCCUCAUCUCGCCGCUCUAGAUCUCGCUCCCGUUCAGCAUCUACGAAAAGGAAAACUCCACCAACCAAAUCACCGCCACAAUCACCUAAAAGAUCUCGUUCCAGAUCGAAAAGCUGAGAUUUGGUCGUCUUUUUAGGCGCUUAUUACUUCAAAGCGAGUCUUCUCGCGGCAAAAUAUCUCCUUUUUUAUAGCGCAGUGUUACCUGUUACAUCUUCUGUAUAUUUUAAACGCCCUUCAGUUAAGCCAAAAUAACAACUGAGUUGUAGUUUGUUCCUGGAAUUGCUUGAUUUAGUCUUCCAAAUAAUUCCUCUUCUAUAGUGUAUUUAUGUGUAAUAAUUUCCUUCCUCAACGUCUGCACUCAUUAUCGUGCUGUUAUGUCAAUUUGGAAAUGUGGUUGUCCGAUUGCGUUCACAAUAUACCAGCAUGGCCUCGUCUUGUCGGUAGUGGUUGCUAUAAGCUUCUCGGCCGCAGUGAGUCUGACGAGGUGUUCAUUUUACCUUAGAAAAAUUAAAAUUGUCAAAAGUGAG